CUACGCACCUGAAAAUGGAGGAGGAGAAGUCGGUAGGCAUCAUAGGCAUGGGCGACAUGGGGAAGAUGUACGCUCGGCGGAUCAGCGACGCUGGCUGGAGAGUCAACGCUUGCGAUAUCCCAGAGAAGGCAGACCUAUUGAAGGAAGAGUUCGCUGGAAGAGCAAACGUUCACAUUUUGCCAAAUGGUCAUCUCGUGUCACGGUGUAGCGACUACAUCAUCUACAGCGUGGAAGCUAAGAACAUUGGUGCUGUCGUGAAAAUGUUUGGACCAUCAACGAAGCUGGGCGCCAUAGUCGGUGGCCAGACAUCGUGCAAGGCACCAGAAAUGGCAGCCUUUGAGCAGUAUCUACCUAGCGACGUCCAUAUUGUCUCCUGCCACUCUCUUCACGGUCCUGGCGUUGACCCGAAGGGCCAGCCAUUGGUCCUCAUCAAGCACAGAGCUUCUGAUGAAAGCCUCGCACUGGUAGAGCGUAUGCUGUCGUGCUUGAACUCGAAACAUGUCUUCUUGACCGCCGCACAACACGACCGUAUCACCGCAGACACGCAGGCAGUCACUCACGCAGCGUUCCUGAGCAUGGGAGCCGCAUGGAUGGCCAACAAGCAAUUUCCGUGGGAGAUACCUCGCUAUCUCGGCGGCAUCGAGAACGUAAAGAUCAACGUUACCUUACGCAUCUAUGCCAACAAGUGGCACGUCUAUGCCGGGCUGGCCAUCCUGAACCCUUCGGCUCAGAAGCAGAUCAAGCAGUACGCGGAGUCUGUCACGGAACUUUUCAAGCUCAUGCUCGGUGGGCAUCGUCAAGAACUCUCAGACCGCAUCCACAAAGCAGGUGCAGCUGUGUUCAAAGACAAUAACGACCAUGAUCUCUUGUUGGAAGACGAGGUCCUGGAUAGGUUUUCAUUGGGCGAGUUGCCCGAGCCUGAGCAGCGUGUAAAGAACAACCAUCUCAGUUUGCUGGCCAUGGUGGAUUGCUGGUGGAAGCUGGGCAUUGUGCCAUACGACCAUAUGAUCUGUUCUACUCCGCUGUUCCGCAUGUGGCUUGGGAUUACAGAGUAUCUUUUUCGCAAACCCGAUCUUCUCGAAGAGUGCAUCGAUACUGCGAUCAACGAUAACACAUUUCGAGCUGAUGACCUCGAGUUCACGUUCGCAGCACGAGACUGGAGCGCGCGCGUGAGUAUGGGUCACUUCGACGGGUAUAGAGAGAAAUUCGAGGAGAUCCAGGAGUAUUUCGCGCCGAGAUUCCCGGCCGCUACGAAAUUGGGCAAUGAGAUGAUUAGGACUAUCCUUGAGAAGACGAGUGAAGAGAAAUGAGAGGUCCUACGGGUGCUCGUGCUCUUGUAAAUGUUUGGCGUAUGAGCUCUGGGUAAUAUAUGGGUUUCUCCUGAAGUUUAGAGCGAUAGGGCCAAAUGGGUUUGCCUCGACACUUGGAGCUUGUCUGUACAUGUCGAAGCCUUUUAAUCCCUAAUGUGUGUUUAUUUGAUUUUGACAUCGGGUGGUACUUGGCUUUGGAUGGGUACUUUAGGAACUCCCAAGCUCUCCAAUUAGGUCAAUAAACGGCUCUUUCUUGAUACUAUACCUUGCAAUGAGGAAAUAAUAGAGGGCGUAGCGUGAGCCGUUCCGUAGAACCGUAAUAGAGGUUCUGGAUAGGUUACAUUCCGCUGUCGCACAACGUCA